UUUUAGCCUGUGUGAUAGGAGGAUUUUAACGACUGGUGAUAUCAGUGGUUAUCGGACUGGCAAGUAACCCAAGAUAGAGUCUACGACUCUUGAAGAGCGAACCCUCUACACCAGACAUCUUCCGGUUCUGUUUGGAAAAAUUCUUUGGAUUCGCAAAGAUGAAUAACACAACGGACUACUACAGCAACUACCCGUUUCCACCUUACUAUGAUUUCAUCACUCCAAAUCCCGACCACUUUGUACCUAUGCCUUUACCAUAUCAUCUCCAAACCAUCUUCACAGUAUUGUAUGCCACAAUUAUGGUUUUUGCAUUGUCCGGAAACACUUUGGUCAUUGUCGUCAUUCUUGGAAACAAGUCGCUUCGGAACGUUACAAACAUGUUUUUCAUCAGUCUUGCCAUUAGUGACAUUCUUAUUGCUGGGUUUAACAUACCAGUUAAUUUACUGUAUAAUUUUAAUUCGAUAUGGACAUUUGGAGAAGUUCUAUGUAAAACGAUAUCCUUCGCCACCAGUAUGAAUGUGGUAGCCAGCAUAAUGACACUAACAGUCGUGGCGCUAGAAAGGUACUACGCCAUUUGUCAUCCACUGAAGAUCAGAUACCUGAAGUCGAACACCCGCGUGAUGGUGGUGAUGUUUGUCGUCUGGAUAUUGGCACUGGCGGUAUCCUCACCAUUCCUCGUCGUCCAGAAGAUCGGAGAACGUCUGCACCAUAUUGACGAGCCUCCGUUCCUGGAAAUUGUGGAAGUCUGUGUGGAGCACUACGAAAAUCCAGAUAUGGAAGAGGUUCAUACUCUGAUUCAGUUCGUUGUCUUCUUCUGUGUUCCUAUUGGUGUCAUGUUCUUCGCUUAUGGAAACAUUGCUCAUCAAUUGUGGAUAAGAAAACCGAUAGGGGACUCCCAAGAUCUGGAAAAGUCAAUGCAGCAGAAGAAAAGGAUCAUCAAAAUGCUGAUCGUCAUAGUUCUUGUUUUCCUCAUUUGUUGGCUUCCGUUUUUCGCUGUUUGGCUAUACCGUAUGUACAAUCAUGUGGAGUAUGAAGACUUCCGUAUGGUUAGUCUCAUUGUCCAAGUCAUCGGAUUCACGAAUUCAGCGGUGAAUCCUAUUAUGUACGGAUUCAUGAAUCAAAAGUUCAAGCAAACAAUUCGUGUGAUGUACGUAAGAUGCAGAUCAAAACUCUAUCGCGGUAAAAACGCUUCUGUAAACAGCCAGUCCAAUUCAGCCCCGAACAGUUUAACAGCAGAGAGUGUAGUAUAAAAGUGUAGUAGAAGAAUUUUUAAAAACUUCAUUAAUUGACUCAGACUUUGAGAGGUUCUACAUCAUGCUGGUUCAUGUCUAUAUUAAUAUACAAGUACUUAGUACUUUCAACUUCAACUCAUGUUGUCUCAGCAUAAGAAUAUUUCAAUACAUAUAGUUGUACCAUGUACAUGUUUAUCACGAAUAAAGUAUAAUUUCAACAUGA